UUUUCUUUUACAGUACCUUCUUCAAUUACCCAAAUAACACAAGAUCAGAAUGUAACCGAAGGUGACAAUUUAACUUUGACAUGUAAUGCAUCUGGAAGGCCUCAACCAAAGGUGUCUUGGAUUAAGCCCGGUGGUCAGCGUCAGUAUGGACACAUGUUGGAGUUUACAAACAUUAACAGGAGUCAAGCGGGUGAAUACAAAUGUGAAGCCAGUAACGAGUGCAGUAAUGCAACAGAGACAGCAACUAUUGAUGUGCAGUGUAAGUACAUGUGAAAGUCAUCCAUGGUUACAUCUUGUUUCUUGUUUCUCUCUGUCACAGUAUACCAAUUUCCUUCUCCAUCACUUUAUUGAUGGAGAGACUUGUUAUUCGUAGCUUCAGCAUCAGCCAAGGAAAGAGGACGACUCCUUGGCCAAUUCAUUAUACGUAACUUGCAAAGGCCAAUGAAAUUAUAAUAUAAAUUGUCUCUUUUGUCCUUAGACAAAGCAGAGAAUGUCCAGUUAAUGAGUUCUGCCAUGAAUGACAAAGCAUGUACGGGAAAAGUCAUCAGUUUUACUUGCUCAGCUGAUGCUAAUCCAAGAGUGACGUCAUACCAGUUGUUUGAGAACGGAAAGGCCAUUUUAAACACAAGUGCCUCGGGGACGUGGAGUAAGACUUUGGAAAGUGAAGGAGUGUUCAUCUACAAAUGUGUGGCCAACAACUCUCUAGGAUCAGAAUACAGCAUGAAUGUUCCUUUCACUGUAAAUGGUAAGCAAAUUAGUCGCUAACACUCUUUAGGAGUCUACCAUUAAGCAACAUAAUUUUUGUAUACGUGCGUGAUCUUAAUUAUCUUGAUGUUUGUCAGGGGUUAUUAAGUUGACAAGAAUUACACGCACUGUACAUUGUAUUUUUGAAGUGAAAUGGUGCUUGUGUUAAAGUGUACAAGCUGGUCAUUAAUUACUUUUAAAAUCCUUCCACAUUUUCACUUUUCUUUUACAGUACCUUCUUCAAUUACCCAAAUAACACAAGAUCAGAAAGUAACCGAAGGUGACAAUUUAACUUUGACAUGUAAUGCAUCUGGAAUGCCUCAACCAAACGUGUCUUGGAUUAAGCCUGGUGGUCAGCGUCAGUAUGGACACAUGUUGGAGUUUACAAACAUUAACAGGAGUCAAGCUGGUGAAUACAAAUGUGAAGCCAGUAACAAGUGUAAUAAUGCAACAGAGACGGCAACUAUUGAUGUGCAGUGUAAGUACAUGUGAAAGUCAUCCAUGGUUACAUCUUGUUUCUUGUUUCUCUAUGUCGCAGUAUACCAAUUUGCUUCUCCAUCACUUUAUUGAUGGAGAGACUUGUUUAUUCGUAGCUUCAGUAUCAGCCAAGGAAAGAGGAUGACUCCUUGUCUACUUUAUUAUACGUAACUUGCAAAGGCCAAUGAAAUUAUAAUAUAAAUUGUCUCUUUUGUCCUUAGACAAACCAGAGAAUGUCCAGUUAAUGAAUUCUGCCAUGAAUGACAAAGCAUGUAUGGGAAAAGUCAUCAGUUUUACUUGCUCAGCUGAUGCUAAACCAAGAGUGACGUCAUACCAGUUGUUUGAGAACGGAAAGGCCAUUUAAACACAAGUGCCUCGGGGACAUGGAGUAAGACUUUGGAAAGUGAAGGAGUGUUCUUCUACAAAUGUGUGGCUAACAACUCUCUAGGAUCAGAUUACAGCAUGGAUGUUCCUUUCAUUGUAAAUGGUAAGCAAAUUAGUCGCUAACGCUUUUUAGGAGUCUACCAUUAAGCAACAUAAUUUUUGUAUAUGUGUGUGAUCUUAAUUAUCUUGAUGUUUGUCAGGGGUUAUUAAGUUGACAAGAAUUACAUGCGCUGAACAUUGUAUUUUGGGAGUGAAAUGGUGCUUGUGUUAAAGUGUACAAGCUGGUCAUUAAUUACUUUUAAAAUCCUUCCACAUUUUCACUUAUCUUUUACAGUACCUUCUUCAAUUACCCAAAUAACACAAGAUCAGAAUGUAACCGAAGGUGACAAUGUAACUUUGACAUGUAAUGCAUCUGGAAUGCCUCGACCAAAUGUGUCUUGGAUUAAGCUUGGUGGUCAGCGUCAGUAUGGACACAUGUUGGAGUUUACAAACAUUAACAGGAGUCAAGCUGGUGAAUACAAAUGUGAAGCCAGUAACGAGUGUGGUAAUGGCACAGAGAUGGCAACUAUAGAUGUGCAGUGUAAGUACAUGUGAAAGUUAUUUAUUGUUACAUCUUGUUUCUUUUUUGCUCUCUGUCACAGUAUACCAAUUUGCUUCUCCAUCACUUUAUUGAUGGCGAGACUUGUUUAUUCGUAGCUUCAGCAUCAGCCAAGGAAAGAGGAUGACUCCUUGGCCAAUUCAUUAUACGUAACUUGCAAAGGCCAAUGAAAUUAUGAUAUAAAUUGUCUCUUUUGUCCUUAGACAAACCAGAGAAUGUCCAGUUAAUGAGUUCUGCCAUGAAUGACAAAGUUUGUACGGGAAAAGUCAUCAGUUUUACUUGCUCAGCUGAUGCUAAUCCAAGAGUGACGUCAUACCAGUUGUUUGAGAACCAAAAGGCCAUUUUAAACACAAGUGCCUCGGGGACGUGGAGUAAGACUUUGGAAAGUGAAGGAGUGUUCAUCUACAAAUGUGUGGCUAACAACUCUCUAGGAUCAGAAUACAGCAUGGAUCUUUCUGUCACUGUAAAUGGUAAGCAAAUUAGUCGCUAACGCUUUUUAGGAGUCUUCCAUUAAGCAACAUAAUUUUUGUAUACGUGCGUGAUCUUAAUUAUCUUGUUGUUUGUCAGGGGUUAUUAAGUUGACGAGAAUUACACGCACUGUACAUUGUAUUUUGGGAGUGAAAUGGUGCUUGUGUUAAAGUGUACAAGCUGGUCAUUAAUUACUUUUAAAAUCCUUCCACAUUUUCACUUAUCUUUUACAGUACCUUCUUCAAUUACCCAAAUAACACAAGAUCAGAAUGUAACCGAAGGUGACAAUUUAACUUUGACAUGUAAUGCAUCUGGAAUGCCUCAACCAAAUGUGUCUUGGAUUAAGCCUGGUGGUCAGCGUCACAAUGGACACAUGUUGGAGUUUACAAACAUUAACAGGAGUCAAGCUGGUGAAUACAAAUGUAAAGCCAGUAAUGAGUGUGGCAAUGGAACAGAGACUGCAACCAUUCAUGUGCUGUGUGAGUUUGGAUGGUUUAUUGCUUUUACUGUCGUUACUUUGAACUUGAGAUCUUAAUUGGCGUACUUUAACAGUACCGCUUCGGAAAUCUGACAGCAUUUUAUCUGAAUUUGUAUCAGAAAUAAAACCCUUUAAUAUCUUAUGACUUUUUGAUGAUUUGUUCCUUUUAAAGAUACACCAAGAAUAACAAACAUUUCUGAUGAGCAGAUCGUGAAUAAUGGUGACGUGGUGAGUUUGUUUUGUAUAACGGAAGGUAAUCCAGCACCAAAGAUAACUUGGACAAAAGUUGCUGAUAACAGUCAAGUGAACUUUCCUUUGACCAUCCGUGAUAGUCAGGAUGAAGGAAUGUACAGAUGUACUGCUGAGAAUGGUGUUGGAAGCCCUGUAACUAAGUUUGUCAACAUGACAGUACAUUGUAAGUGGUGUAGUUUAUGGCAGUUAUGAUUGUCUUUUGUUUAAUCUCAAGCUUUUACAUAAUGUUGGCCUUCAAUAGGUAUUGGUUCAGACUGAUACCUUAGUUUUGACAUAAAGAAAUUUUCAAUUGAGUGUCGAUUUUGGUUUUACGUAACUCAGCUCACUGAUUGGUCCAGCAAACUCGCGCCAUUCUCUCAACCAAUCAGAUGCAAAGCUAAAAUCAACCGCAACUUUGUCUUUGUUUUCCCGCGCCUCAAGAAGUCUGCUUGUUUUCAAUUCGUGUUCUCAUUGGCUAAUGAUAAUGUUAACCGUAUUGGUCGCUGUGAUUAUAUUUGUUUUGGUUUUUCAACUCACGAUUAAAAACUGCUCCUGAGUAACAAAAUCACCAAAUCCUUUUUUGCUUCUUUUGAGACUCAUUUAGCUUCCUUAUGUUAUAAUUUAACAAACUUUUGCUGUUAAAUUAUAAUUAUACAUGCAUGUCUUUUGGUAGUGUUCUGGGCCCAGUUGUAUAAAGGUCAGAUAACGAAAUUCAACGGAUAAAUCGCUAUCCAGCGGAUAAGUGAUAGCAAAACGUGUCACACUAUCCACCGGACAGAGAUUUAUCCAGUGGAUAGCGUUGUCUAACCUUCGAAAAACCAGUGCCCGGUAAGUGUCACAGAUACAUGCAUGUGUUGGUACGUUUGUGUUGUGAAAUUGCGGACAACAGUCAAGUCACCACUUAUCCAGAGUACAAUUAAAAAUCCAAAGGAAAUUCAACGGGUAAACUCUAACUUGUACAGUGCAGGUACAGUUAUGAACUAAUUCAAAGAGGGUUUAGGUAUAUGAUUCUAUGCUAAACUCCCUUCUUAACCAGAGGACUACUAACUUUGAAUCUUUGUAAUGUGCCUUAUAGUUCCAGCUGCAAUUGUGGCCAUGGGUAAUCACACUGUCGUUAAGAAUGGAACUAUUGAACUUUAUUGUUAUGUGUCUGGAACGCCACCUGCUACUGUGUUAUGGACUCAUGUAAAAUCAGGCAAAACAUGGAACCAGAAAAAAUGGACAGUUAGCGAUAUCCAAGUGGAGGAACUUGGAGAAUAUAGGUGUAAUGCCAGCAACAAAUAUGGAGGAGAUAUCAAAAGUACAUUUAUCCUAUAUGAAGGUGGGUGAGUCAAGUUGAUAUGGGAAAUGCUUCGCUUACAGAAUGUAAAGAAGUUGUUUGCUGGUAUUGCUGGGUUACUAGUAAAUACAUAUUUGCUAUGAAAUUACUUGGAACCUGUUUGGCCCAAAUCAGGCAUGGGGAUUACUGGUUUCUGAGUCCAACAUAUUUUCGAUAUGGUCACAGCUCUAAUAACUCAAAAUUAUUUGAUCCAUAAUGUAGACAUUCCGGAGAAAUAUGAAGGUUCUUCCAAAACUCUGUCAAAAUUUUAAAAUUAAAUUACAACUCUAAACUGCUUCUUAAACUUAAAAUAGUUUAUUUAUGUCAAUUUAGAGUUUUGUUUUGUUUUGAUUUUUUCUUCUUGAAUAAAUUUAGCAUCUGUACUUGCCCUAUGAUAUUUGUUGUCUCCAAAGAGCUUCAGCAUAUUGAGAACAUGGAAAUGUAAUUUUUCGUGAUUUUUAACUCUCAUUCUUUACAGGUGGUUUUUGUGAGAAACGAUGUACUGAUGGGAAAUUGUGUCUUAAGUUUGGAGUCACAUACUUUUGUAUCUGUCCUGAAGGGAAAAGAGGAGAAAAGUGUGAGAAAACAGGUUGGAACAACUUUUAAAUUUGUUGCAGAGAAAAAGGCACUCCCGUUGCGUUUGAUUCAUUUUGCCAUCUUUCCAACCUUAAAUCAAGUGCUUGUACAGUUUAACUAUACUCUUCUUCUACCGAUAUCUUCGUUUUACACGCGGUUGUGCCUAUGUAUUUAAUGAUACCUCGCAUGAAGAUCAUCGUUUUAGAAACUUGUGUAUACCUGAUAUAUAUGCUACAUUUACAUAGACAGAUAGACUGAUUAUUCAGACUUGAUGCUGAUCUCUAAUGAAUCAGUCUUUAACACUCCAAAGCACAGACUUAAACUUAGCCCAACACAUACUUUGAAAAUUGAUGUUGGUCCCUAUUGAAUCAGCCUUUAACCUUCCAGAGGAUACACUUACAUUUAGCCAUACGCAUAUUCAUUUAAAUUUUGUACAUUUGUUUUUUUUUUUUUGCGACUACAUGCCCAGUGGAAACCCAAUUGCCUCUCUUCUUGCAUUUAGCUAGAUAGUGGUGUUUCGGCAACGUGGAUAAGUUCGUUCGAUUUGUCUGCUGUGCAAAGCUUUGAGAUAAACUGAAGGUCUUCGAUGUUUUAUCCCCUUUUGAGGUGUUAUUUUUUAUUUUGCUUUUUGUAAUGUUCAUGUUUCUCUUGCUCCUAACAGAUACACCUAAGAAAUACUUUGUUGUGGGACUUAAACUCAAGGGAGAGUUCAAACAAGCAUAUGAAGACUUGGAAAAUCCAGAGACACAAACGCUUGUCAAAAAGAUUGAAAAAAAUGUGAGUGCUUUGGUAAAAAUAAUUAUGAUUAACUUGAAGAUAGUAUUGUAAUAUUUUAAGGAAAGAAAAAAAUUAUUUUGGAAUACAGCCCAUUACAUGUCAUGAUUUAAAAUAAUUUAGUAAGGUGUACGUAUGCACCAGGCUACUGCAAGGCCCUAUCCGAUUUCUACACGGACACCUUCUCACUCAGAAUUAGGGGAAGUGUGGUGCUUUUCAAUUACAAAUUAAUGAUUCUUUUAUUGGGAUCAAAAAUUUAUUUCGUACGAAGGGCUUCGCUCUUAAUGUCUUUUUAAAACAGCAGAUCGGGGCAUAAAUUUCUCCUUGUCAGUACAUAGAAAGUAGAGAACAUAGAAAUGGAACUCUUUUUUGUUUUUUUGUCUUUUUCAGAUGAUGGAAGAAUUCAAUGGCACUGGUCUCCUUAGCGUUAAGGUGCUCAAACUGAGGUAAUACGUUUUCAAACUUUGUGUACUUUAAAUCAGAAACGUUAUGGUUAAUUUUGCUCAUUGUGCAGUGUUUGCAGUUCUGAUGCAUAUGAAGCUCUGAGGGCACAAACAAAUCAUUAUUUUAACGUCAAUAGAUUACAAACUAAGCGAACUGUAAUCUCUUGCCUAACGUACAUGUCGUACAGGGGAGUGCGUGUGAUGCUGGAGGAUUUUAUCGCUGGUAUUAUUUAUAGAUCACUUAGCACGUCCUUCUCAAAGCUGCACUAUAAUUUGCGAGUAAUAUUUCGCAACUCAAUGUAUAGAACAGGGUUUGUUAAGAAAUACAGCGAGUCAUCUGUGUACUUUAGACACCCAAGACAAUGAGCUGUUCUGGAGAACAAACCUUAAAUAAUCUCCAGUUUGUGAACCAGAUCCUCCUAGUGAUUUUUAUGGUUUUAAGAUUAAAUUAAAUUUCAUAUUCACGAGGAAUUUUUUAAAAGACAAGGUGAUGACAUGACUCAUGCCAUCAUCAGUUUAUUGUGUUGCCUCUUUUGACUUUUAUUUAGACGUUACUUAAACAGUAUGCUAUCAGUUUAAAUCGGUAGUUCAAUUGGUACCGUUACAAUAGUUUACACUCGUCUGCGCAAAUGUAACACUUGGAAAGUUAACCUUUUUUUCCCUUUUCUUUUUUUUUUUGGGAAGUGAAUUGAAGUUAUCAUGCAUCUGAGUAUUCAGCUCAGGUUUCAAGCGGCUCAUGUGCAAUGCCUCCUGUAAUUUGAUGCAAUUAGUUUUGUCUGAGUCUAGAAUCUUAAAGCUCUCAGCUGAACAUUUUGACUUAGAGCUAGGAAGAGCACACGACUGCUUUACGAUUAAAAUGAAAUAUCGAAAUUUGGGUAUUGAAAGGAUGGGAGGCAAGAUUGGAAGGAGUAGAGCUAGAAUAUCUAUCGAGGAAGUGCAGGUUUAAAUUGCAGCGCCUAAAGCCCCUCGACAUAUCACUAUUUAUUUGUCUUUUCAUCUAAAAGUGUUUGAUUUCUUGCUUACCUCUCAGGCAAGGAAGUAUCAUUGCUGACUUGGAACUAAAAUUUAACAAUUCUGUCGGAGAAAGUAACGUAAAUGCAUUGCUGACACAGGCAGCGAAUAAGGGAAAAAUUGGCGAUAUGGAAGUUGAAGAGUUUAGCGUUGGAAAUAAUUUCCCAGGUUAGUUCUCUUGUCUUCGUCAAUUGUUGCUGUUUUGCAGAUCACGGCAUUUUGCUUAGUUAAUCUCCAUUAUCCGACAAGCCAGAUUUUGGGAGACACAGUUGAUGACUUUGUACUUUGAAAGCUAACUUUUUGAGGUGUUUUGAACUAAGUCAGAGUUUAACAUUUCCUUGCGCUGGCUUAACCGCAUUUGUAAUUACUAGGUCCGGGAUUUCUUUUCCCUUGGCACCCGUAAUGAUGAGUGAAAAUGUGCCAGGGUGGCUUAGAAUUUAAAACUGAAUAAAAUGAGGCUUUUUUUUAUGUUUCAGGGCCAACUACAACUUCACAACCACCCGAGGACUGUGGAACCUUCUUUGAGGGAGAAGAUUGUAAAAAAGGUAGGGAUUAAAUUUUUUUAUCUAAAAAUUAACCUAUUGUGUGAAAAUAUAACGUUAGUGAUAGUGUUUUGUAGAUUUUAGUGAAAGGGGAGAUGGCCAUGAUCUUGGCGCGAAAUCACGAAAGACAAGAUUGGCAUGUAAAUUGUCAACCACUAUUUUAAUGAUAUAGCGUACUGAUUGACCAAUCAGAGGGCAUGUAUUUCAUUAAUCACGUUGGUGAUUUCACUCAAAAAGACAUUCUCACCGAUUGUAUGACAAGUUCAAAUGAUUGCAAGCUUCUAACGUUUUCCAAACUUUUUUGUGUUUUCCAAAAUAGUACAUUUUUGGAUAAAUCAAUGAUUUUUCUCUGCAUGUUUUGCUAAUCUCUUAAAAAAUUAAUAGUCAAAUUUUGCAGACAAAAUUUAAAAUGAAUUCAAAAUUUAUGUUUCCCUCUGCAAGAUUUAACAUGUCCGUAAGAAAGUAUGUGUUAAUGGUCAACUAUGAUAAGAUGUAAAGGUAAUCUAUGUAAUCAGCAAAGAGUCAGUCACUGGAUGUUGCAGAAAUUCUGCGUCCACUCAUACACUGGAUAUCGCAGAAAUUCUGCAACCACUCACACUGGGUGUAGCAGAAAUUCUGCAACCAUUCAGACACUGAACGUCGCUGAAAUUCUUCAACUAUUCAUACACUGGGUGUGGCAGAAAUUCUGCAACCAUUCAUACACUGGAUGUUGCAGAAAUUCUCAAACACUUGUACACUGGGUGUCGCAGAAGUUCUGCAAAUAUAUUAUUUAAAUCUUGCAUGAACUUGGAAAAGAUCACAAGGGAAAUUAAUGCUCAACUAUCUAAUGAAAGCCUUAGACCCUACACUAUCCAGGGGAAAAUGCUAAAUUGACAGAAUCACAGAUUUUAAUUAAUCUCUCUACCAAUGUUUACGAAUGGGAAUUAUGCUACAUGUGUAUCACAAUUAAAAGGGCAAAAAUAAGCUUCUAGAAAAAGUAAUCCUCUUUCUCAGUUAGCUGCAACUGUUUCCAAAAUAAGAAAAAUCAAACCGUGCAACGUUCCCUUAUAAGUCACAAAAUUAUGAAAGGGAAAAUAUGCGGCAGACCCACUCUACAAAGCCAUUUUGAGGGCGCCUUGUGGUUUUUGCCGUGUUCUUCACCAUUUCUCGCAAAUAAUCGGUGUCGAAUCUUUGAAAGAUAUUCCUUUGCUGGACCCUUUGGAGUAUCACCUCCUGAGAGGAAACUUAAGGUAUGAACAAAAUGUUUAUACAUGACUCGUGAUUAUACAUGGCUCGUGAUUAAGACGAAAGUUAAAUAUCACGCGUGAAUUUUACUGAAAGGUUAAAAUUAUUCGUGAAUUUAUGAAACUGUGUAAGGGGAGAUUUGAUAUCCUGAAGUAUACUUGAACCCUGAAAUUUUUGUUUUUUGGUUUUUUUUUUCCCAUCACGUGAAAACCUCAAGAUUUCAAUAAACCUUGCACACAAGAUGAGAAGUUAGAAAAUUUCCCUUUUUGUCCGUGAAGCGUGAACUGAUUUUUCGAAAAUUCGCCUGCAAUACCUUACCGGUCUUCUUUCAGCUCAAAUUAUUUCCAACGAAUUCCAGGGGUGCGUUCCAAUUUGCUUCAGUAAACUCAUGGCAAAUGCUAUUUUGGAAAACACAAAAUAUUUUGGAAAACGUUUAAUAUGAUACACACUCUGGUUUCUGUACCCUGCGCUCACUGCGAUGACAUCGUGAUAAAAUUAGUGAUCAGGUACCCUGGAUGGUGUAGUGAUGAAAGAGCUUGCCUGUGGCCAGGGUUUGAUUCUCGGAAGGUCUUGGUAGUUCCCAUUCAGCAAACGGGUUUUAUUGUGUUUGCUGUGUUCACAUUCAUCAUCGAGGUAUAUAAAAAGUGUAAUUCGAACAACUACAAUUUCGGGAAAUUGAAGACAAUAGAGCUGUUUUUUUAGCCAGUAGCCUCAUUAUUAAUCCAUAAGUUUCAAUUUUAAUUAAAGUUUCGAGCCCGUUUUGUUAACGCGACUAUCGAGAAACCGGAACCAAGUGUCAUUUUUUUGUUAAAAGUUUCGUUCUGGCGAGGAUACUUCUCCUCGUUCUCCUUCCUCCAAUCCCCACGUCAAACUCCAAUUUGACCUAGAAACAGGGAAUGGGAAGGGCUCCCAUGCUCAUAUCCACUCGGAACGUAAUCGAAUUUGAUCAUCAAUUUAUCAAUUUUCUUGUAAGAUUUACUGGAGUUUAUUACGUCCAUUUUGAAAUCACUGGUGGUCCUGGUCGGCGCGAUUUAUUUACGCAUCGCACUAUUUGCUCUAAAUCGCAUCUUUUCCUAGUCAAUGAGAAAGCUUUUCUAAAACGCAACAACCAAUCAGAUUUCAUGGCUUGGUUAAAGUAAUCAAUCAAAUCGUAACAAAAUAAAAAAAGGCAACAUUGAAUCAUUUACAAACCAGUCAUUUAAAGUAACCAAUAAAAUCGCAACAAAAUGAAAGGCAACAUUAAAUCAUUUACAAACCAGCUCAGUACCGGAUCACUAGAAUAUUGGUUACAUUUUGCGCUUCAUAAACGGAUGUAAUAGAGCUGCAAUUGAACUCCGUGUUGUGCAAUCUUAGUUUUGAUUUCAAAUGACGGGUAUGAUUUCAGACCAAAUUGCACUCCAUUCAUUUAAAUUACAAUUAUAAACUGUGCUUGGCCAUAUAACUCCAUGCUAUUUAUUCGUGAUCUUUUCCAGCGAAGCCUGGUUUGAUUGUACUCUGCGUGAUUGGAGGUGUGGCAGUUUUGGCAAUCAUCGUAGCAAUAAUAGCUUACGGUUUGCACAAGAAAAAAUCAAACGUUGCAUCCUUUUCAAAUGGUAAGCCUAUCAGAAUUCUUUUCUUUUUUCUAACGGUGAUUUUUUUAUUUAUUUAAUUUUUAUUUUUAUUAUCAUUUCCUUUUAGUUGUGGCCUUAUUGUUGAUGAUGUUUCUCUCUUUUUUUUUUUUAAGGGGGGGAGGGGGUAGAGGAAAAGUUAUACUUUUUUAUUCCCUGGAGAAAUGAUUCGGUACCGGCAAUCUGUUUGAGAUUUGGAACAAAAUACCAGAAAUCGGACAAACGUGAGUGUUCCUAAGGGGAAAUUAGUUCUAAUAAUCUAACUGGGAUAGAAACAGCUGGUAAAAAUGGGUAACAAAUUGUUUUCUUUUCUGAUUCGUUUGGGUUGUUCCACGAUGCCGAAACUGUAAUAAUGGAUGCCACAGAAUUUUGAAAAAUAAUAAUUUUAAGAAAAGAUGAGGGGAGAGAAAAAAAAGAAACAGAUCAAUUCUGUUCUGGAAGUAGAAAUGACCAUUUUUGUUUUUGACUCGUAGUUAACUAUGCACCAAGGGCCGAUCCAGACGGGUGAGACAUUUGUUUUGGAAAAUGAUUUAUAAUGUAUAGUUGCCACAAUGUUAGUUAAAUACGCAGUCAUGGUAAAAACUGAAAUCGUCGUGCUCUUUUGUUAUGUAAGCCUGCUAAAGCAAAGCAAGCGCUCUUUUAGGCCGUAAGCAAGAUCACAGGCUGCGAUAUAUUUUAGGAGGCGUUUGAUCAAAGGUUCCUCUUCAUAUACGUACAUACAAACAAACAAGUCAGCACCCCCCCCUCCCCCCCAAAAAAAAAAAAAAGAAAAAAAAAAACAAGAUUGCGCGACGAGUUUCACGUAAUAAUCGUUUUAACGUGAGAUUGAAGACCACCUUGGGUUAAUUAUCUCUAUUUUUGGUCUUGUUUUUCUACCAACUUUCCCGUUCUUGACAUUUUGGAUUGAACUAAAAUGUUAGGGAAUUAGGGACUAUAUUGUUGUGAGAAAGGAAUGCUACAAUUAAAAGAACAACGUAAACUUACAGGUACAUGGCAACUUGUGAUAGGGACAACAUUCUCCUUCGAUAUGGCUCCGGCCUUGGCUUUCUGUGAGAUUCUUUGUCUAUUUCGUAGCUUUUCUUGAUAUGAAUUGUGAAAGUCAAAUACGAAUGAAUCUUCUAUAUAGUCAAUUUCCAUGAAUCUUCUAUCCUAAGUCAGUAACGUACGUGGACUUUUGACGACAACAAAUUAAUUUCACUAAUUUAUAUAUAUAUAUAUAUAUCAACUUGCCUGUUUUUGGUAUGAUAGCACUGCUGGUUCAGCAGAGAGGACUCUUCAAGGGAACAAUUAUGGAAAUGUGAAUUCAGGGUACGAGUAUGACAAAACGAAUGGCCAGGACCACUCCACUGAAAUGGUAACAUUCAAGGGGACAAAUCCAGCGCAGACUCCUGGGAUUGCAAUCAAUGACUCCAGUAUGACAAAGGUAAGGCAA